AUGGCGACCACCACUCCAACCACGGUGACGCGACGCGCCACUCCCCGGCCCCUGUCUACGAGGAAACUCGACAUGGUGUAUCUGGCCUUCUUCAUCGUGCAUGUUCCUAUUAUGUUUUGGAUGUUCAUUUCUACACUUCUAUGUCUGUCCCACGACAACGACAACAACGACAACGACGACAACGACAACGACGACAACGACAACGACGACAACGACAACGACGACAACGACGCGCAGCCUUGCGCCAUGCAAAAGAUAUUCCUCCCCUAUUCCCUGGUGGACCUGGCCUCGAUCCUCCCGUCCUUCCUCGUCUCGCCGCUCUCCCACACCCUGCGCGCGUACCAGCUCGAGCGGUUCCAGGACCAGUUCUUCGUCAGCCCGCCGGCGUGGUUCACGGCGUACAUGUGGAUCGAGGCCGUGUACCACGUGCCGAUUAGCCUGUGGAUGGUUUGGGGGCUGUUCAACGACCAUCCUCUGGUUCCGCUCCAUCUCCUCAUCUUCUCCCUCGAAGUCGCCGUCACCACACUCACCUGCAUCGUCGACAUCUCCUCCUGGAAAGGCUACUCGUCGGCUCAGAAGUCGGACCUGUACGGCCUCUACGUUCCUUACUUGGUACUCGGUACGUGUUCUCCUCAGCUCUAUCUCUAUUUUGUCUUCCGGGGUCUUUUUAUUCCUCUGUUCCGUUUCCAUGUUACCAUUCUCGCAGAACUUGUCACCGGAUCUGUGUUCAGGCUAACGACCUGGUCUUCCUGUAUUUCAGCGUGCCUCAUGGGCGUCGAUGCCUUUGUGCGCGUAAAGAGACAGAUCCUGCAAAGUGGCGGGUUGGAAAAGGCCAAGACUCUCUAA